CUCUCUCUGUCAUACUCGUUCCGAAAUAAACGAAAUCCUCCGUUUUCCGUUUUUGGGUUCUCUCAAAAUCUCCUUUCUUCUAACCCCAAUGACUUCGUUCGCAGCCUUUACUUUCUCUCAAUUCUCUCCUUCAAGCCCCAAUCUUCCUUUAUCGUUCUUUCUCUUUAUCUUUCUAGUUUAAGGUCAGGGUUGGGGUUUGGUCUCGAAGGAAAUGGAUGGUAUCUUUCUUUAUGUGGCUUGAAGCUGCUGUUUCUUGAUCCCAAUGUCUGUCAGAGAAAAUUCGAUUGAUUUCUUCCAUCAACGUCUCGAUCGGAUCUCUUCUAAGAGGAAAUUGGAUGAUUAUGGGCCCUCUGAUGAUGAUUUCUCCGAUUUAUUGAGAAGGAUGAAGAGGGAUGAAGCCGACGCUGUCAAUUCGUCCUUUGGAGGGGACGCUAGGUUAGGGCACACCAGUACCAGUGUCGGUGUGAAUGAAUCGGAUUUUGGAACCAGGGUUUCUGAUGUUCGAUCGGUUUCUUAUAGUGGCUCCACCGAUGGAGGUGUCGGGUGCUCGUUUUCUAAAUUGCAGUUCUUUGUGCGAUCAAUAUCUGGUGGUAAUACUAUUGUUAUUCAUGCCGGACCUGAUGAUUCUGUGAAAUCUGUUCAUGAACAGAUUCGCAAAAUAACGGGGAUUCCUAUAAUUGAGCAACGUUUGAUAUACCGAGGCAAACAGUUGCAGUGGGAACAGUCUCUUGCCCAGUGUUCUAUCCAGAACGAUGCUGGUCUUCAGCUCGUCGGACGUAUGAGGAGCACCGAGUAUCCUCGUACUUGGCAGGUUGUCAACGAUUUGGUCUCCUCUAUAUGUCGACUCUGUAGAGAGGAGGCACUCCAGCCACCCGGUUCCUAUAGAUAUGUUAAAGCCCGGGUGGAGGAGUUCUUGCGGAUGACUCCCAAGGACGAUUAUGAAAUGGCAUCUGGGCAUAUCCAGAUCUUCAAGUCCGCUGGAGCCCCCACUGCGCUCGUUAUGCUCUUCCUUUCUCCCGUUAAAGGGAACAAGCAGUGUGCGGAGGAUUCAAUUCGGCUUUUUCUCACACAGGAUAACGACUUACUACCAAAACCCGUGCAAGCUCACUGUGCUUCCAUUGUGCUGGAAUUCUGUAAGUUGCUCACCAGAACUUCUCGUGAGGAUCCACUGUACAUAUUAUGUCGAAACACUCUUGGUUCAUUGUUGGAAACCUUCUCUGUGGCACACGAGUCUAGAUAUUUUGGUAAUGAGAAGGCGUCGGUUGUAAUUCGAGAGUUUUACCCAUUUGUACGUGAGUUGGCAAACCGGCUGUCUGCGAGUUUAGAGGUGGGUAUGAACUCUCCGCAGUGCGUUGCGUUAUCGGUAAGUGACGUCCGUGAUUUCUCUGCGUUCUUGUUGCCCUUGAGAAAAGCAAUUGAAGACCAAUUGGUGGGGAAUGGUCCCAUGCGUAUUACUUUGCUUGAGGCUGGUGAUAAAAUUCCAUUCUGUGGGGGUGAGAUUGAAUUACUCCACAAUAUUUUCCUUGAGUUGCUUGAAAAAAUUGAUCAAUGCUUAAUAAAAGUGGAGGGGUUUCUAUCUGCUAAAGUAGCUGGAGAAAGUGAAGCUCGCCCACUUGUGUGGUCUCAAUAUCUUGCUAUUUUGAAGGAAUUGAAUAGCAUUUCCAAACUUUAUCACGGCGGUGAAGACAAACUUCGUUCAGUUAUGAGGGCAAGGCGAACUGCACUGAAUGCACUUAUUAGAUACACAAAGCGAAGUGAUGAGCACCGCUGGUUUCUUGAGCAUAAAGAUGUGACUGAUUUUGAAUCUAGGAGGCAUUUGGCGAUGAUGAUGUUUCCUGAGGUGAAGGAUGAGUAUGAAGAACUCCAUGAGAUGCUCAUUGACAGGCCUCAAUUACUGUCUGAAUCAUUUGAGUAUAUCACGAAUGCCGAGCCUGAAGCAUUGCAUGGUGGCCUUUUCAUGGAGUUCAAAAAUGAAGAAGCUACGGGUCCUGGUGUCUUGAGAGAGUGGUUCUGCUUGGUGUGCCAAGCAAUAUUCAAUCCUCAAAAUGCCCUUUUCCUCGCAUGUCCAAAUGAUGGCAGAAGAUUCUUUCCUAAUCCUGCUUCUGAUGUGGAUCCUUUGCACCUUGACUAUUUUGGGUUCUGCGGUCGCGUGAUUGCAUUAUCCUUAAUGCAUAAAGUGCAAGUAGGAAUUGUAUUUGAUCGUGUGUUUUUCCUGCAAUUAGCUGGAAAGCUUGUUUCUUUAGAAGAUGUUAGGGAUGCAGAUCCAUGCUUUUAUUCCAGCUGCAAAAUGAUUUUAGAGAUGGAUGCUGAUUUUUUGGAUUCAGAUGCUUUAGGACUGACAUUUGUCAGAGAAAUUGAAGAGUUAGGAUCCAGGAGAGCAGUGGAGCUCUGUCCUGGAGGGAAGGGCAUCGUUGUGAAUAGUAGGAACAGAGAGGAAUAUGUAAACCUUCUCAUUAAGCACCGCUUUGUCAUAUCUAUCUCUGAACAAGUAGGUCAUUUUGCCCAAGGAUUUGCUGAUAUUCUUUGUGACUCAAGGCUCAACAAAUUCUUUUUCCAAAGUUUGGAGCUUGAAGAUUUUGACAGAAUGCUGCAUGGAAGUGAUCAAGACAUUUGUGUGAAGGACUGGAAAGCACACUGUGAAUACAAUGGCUACAAGGAGACUGAACGUCAAAUCUGUUGGUUUUGGAAGAUUCUUGAAGGAAUGUCCGCAGAGCGACUGAGGGUACUUCUUUUCUUUUGGACAUCAUUGAAGUACCUACCUGUAGAGGGCUUUGGUGGCUUGGCUUCUCGGUUGUACAUAUACAAGACAUCGGAUUCCCCUGAUCGCCUGCCGUCAUCUCACACAUGCUUCUACCGGUUGUGUCUUCCACCGUACCCAUCGCUCACCAUCAUGCGGGAACGUCUAAAUAUCAUUACCCAAGAACAUGUGAGCUGUAGCUUUGGUAUGUGGUGAAUGGAAGAUAUACGGUAUCUGCGAGAUAUGUUUGAAAUGAUGGAUUUGGCUGCAUAUAUUGAUUGGCUAAACCUGUACAGUUCUUAGGAUCAUAAUUAUCUCUGUUCUCAGAGUAUGUAAGAAGUUCCUUCGUCUUCUCUUUUUUUUUUUUUUUUUUUUUUUUGGUGACUUGUCUUUUUGCUCUUUUGUCAAUAGUUGAUUUAGGUGAAGAUACCUAGAAAGAUAAGG